GGCGACGGUUCCUGUGGUUCAUGCGUCUAUGUCGGUCUUAUGGCUGAUGGAAGCGAAGUCGCUGUUAAGCGAAUGCCAGUGCAAAGGUGCGAAAGAACCGCUGAAAACGAAAAGGAAAUCCUGAGUCUCCUUGAAACAGAAAAAUCUCCAUUUGUAGUAAGCUAUCGAGGUUUUUACAACGACGGAAACUUCAUGUAUCUCGUUAUUGACCUCUGUGAAGAAAGCUUGGAAAAGCUUGUUGAUUUUUCCAGUAUUGAACAUCUACAACAACAUGGUCAACGAAUGAUUAAGGAAAUUCUAUCCGGCCUUGAAUUUCUCCAUGCAAAAGGGAUUCUGCAUAGAGAUCUUAAACCAUCAAACAUCUUGGUUGAUAUCGAAGGAUGCAUGAAAUUGGCGGACUUUGGAAUAAGCCGCGUUUUAAAGGAGGAAGAAACAGGUGUUGAAACAGGUGCUAAUGGUUCUAUCGGCUGGGUCCCUCCAGAAGUGAUUGAAGCGAGAAAAAGAGAAGGAAAAGGGCCCUUCAAAAAACAGUCGGAUGUCUAUGUAGCGGGUAUGAUUUUCUUCUUCAUCUUAACUAAAGGUCAACAUCCUUUUGGCGGUACAGAUGAUCGAAUGAGAAAUAUUGCGAGGGAGAAACCUGUGAAUUUAAAGAAACUUAGUGAGCGCAAGGCUCGGAAGUUUGUCUCCUGGCUAAUCAAGCAUAAGAUUGAUGAAAGACCUUAUGCCACCGAUGCUUUAAAUGGUCCUUAUUUGAGUGAGAUUUUUUCGCCUGGUAUGAGCUAGAAUGUAAUGCGAUUACUCAUGACGACGAUGACGUUGCCCAAAUUUACGUCUUAGUCAAAACGUUUUCUUAAUAUCUUGCGUAAAAUAGAGU